AUGGUGCUCGUCCAGGACCUCGUGAGCGACGUCGAGCACUGGUCCGCGAUCGCGCUGACCGCGCGCGUGCCCGUGAUCGGGGUCCACCUCCCCUCGGGCCUAAUUCCAUGUUCGAACGACGACGACGGGGACAGCGGCGGCGACUGCGGCGGCGGCGGCGGCGGGAACGAAAACGAAAACGAAAACGACGACGACGACGCGCGAUUCGCCGCCGUCGUCGUCGGCGCGACGCGCGCGGCGCUCAACCUCCACGAUCGAGUUGAAAACGCCGAAGAUGCGGCCGUUACGACAACAACAAAGAAGAUCAUCUUCGCCGCGCUCCCCGGAACGUCCGCCGCGCGCGUCGCGUUCCACGCCGCGAUGCACUUCGAGCUGUGCGGCAUCGCCGACGCGUGCGCCGUGGUGGCGUUGGACGGAGGCGCGUUCUAUCUCACACUAGUCCCCAUACGACCGCGUUCGCGUGGUGAACGCCGAUCCUUAAGGACUUUCGCCGUCGUCUAUUUCCGCCCACCCCUCGCUUUCAAUCCCCGCCCUCGACGCCUUUCAACUCCGCUUCUGACGCCUUUCAACUCCACCCCGAUAUCAUCGCUUCGUAUGGAACGCCCCUUAGACCGCGACGACGUCUUUUCCGCGAGGCUCUCCAAGCUCCCGCCGCGCGCGUUAGACCCCGCGUACCAGGCGCUCGCGGGGAAGUUGCAGGAGACGGAGACGCCCGGGGGCUGGCGCGCGUUUCGAGGGUUCGUUGGGAAGAGCCCGGGGUCGAACCCGCGGCGUUCGAACAGUUCGAACGCGAACGCGACAGCCGGCGACAGCCGGCACGCGGCGGCGCUCGAGGCGGCGUCGCGGCGGCGGCCGCGCGAGACGUCGCGCCGCGCGUGGGACGAGGACGUCGACGACGCGAUCGUUCGCGUCGUCGCGCUGUGUGCGAUCGCGCGCGAGAGCGUGGACGUGGACGUGGUGAGCGCGCACGUCGCGGUGAUGUGA